ACCCUCUCGAGAAGCACCAAGAGAAACCCCUAGACUAUGCACCUCUCCAAAUUCUCGCUCUUGGCCAUCUUCUUGGUGUUGCUGGCAUCUCCAAUCAUGACCGCACCCGUCGAAGGCGAGAAAGUAGGCACCACUGAACACCGACCUUGCGGAGAGCCGAUACUUAAUAUUGCCUGCAACAGACCAAAGUUGCUGCCCAAAGUCGCGACGCUAGUGUCCAAAACGAGGAAGCACAAAUGAUCAACAUGGAAAAGAAGGCUUAUUUCGGCAGCCACUCAUCGGGUUCCUCCGGCGGCAGAUCCUCAAGUUCGGGAUCAAGGUCGAGCAACACCUACUUUGGCUCGAGCAGCAGCCACCACAAUGGAUCGAAGAGCACCCAGGGGUCGAGUGUUCUUGGUUACGCAUUAUUGGUCGGCUUGUCUACGACAGCAGCUUCCUUGUGGACGAGCUUCUAAUUCUGCAAAUACGCUCCGACAGACGUUGCUUCAUAUCUCUGGACUUGCUCACGAGGCCUCACGCAUGUACUUUUGCUGCCGUUUCAUCCACGCACCGCCAUCUCAGAAUAAUUGUAUCACAGU